AAAUUUUCAAAAGGUAGGGACUGAAGGCACUGAAAAUUAUUGUUUCAUGUUCUAUUCACUAGAAUUUAUACAUGUAUGCAUCAAAACAGCAAGCAUUUAGUGAGUAUAUAAUGUGCCAACCAAAUAUGAUUAGUACAUAAUUCCUGUCCUCAACUAGGUCAGGUAUUGAAGCUGGGGCAGACUUAUAAACAAGAAGCAAUAAUGUUUCCAAGGGAAAUCAUAGUUGUAUGCACAUGUUUUUAUGGGAGCACAGAGAAGUGACAGCCUAAAUGCUUUGUACUAGAUUAUAAAGUGAAAUUUAGUCAAUUUAACUAAAUUUUGAAGAGGUUUGUUGAAUGAAGGUGUGAAAUACAUUUCUUUCAUCAAUUUUGGUGUUCCUAUGUUCCAUGUUGCUGGAAAAGUAAGAUAUUCUGUUAUUUUGGUGAUUCUAGAGGUUACCACAAUUUCCUCUUCAGUCUGAAAAUUGGUAGUUGUGUCUGGAGUGAAAGGCCUAGUACAGAGCUAAAUCUAGGAGAGUGAGGUGGUAGAAUUACUGCUAGAAAAUUUUUUUUUACUGUUGAAUUUUUAACUUUUCCCAACAAGCAGUGAAGAAUGCCAACAACAUGAACAGUUCUCUCUCCCAACGUUAUUUACAAAACAAACCAAAUAAUAGAAAAUGAAAAAUUUUAAGUGAGCCAAUAAAAGGAAAAUUAUAUAAAUGCACACAAUACACGAACACAUUCAAAGCAAUUGGACCCAGCCAUUCGAGCCAGCAGGAGUCCACGCGAUGGCGCUGCAGGCUAAAGAGAAAAAAUGACGAGUUUGCUAAGGAAGUCAGUAACAAAAAGGAAGAUCAGGACAGAUGAACUGGGAAGAAAAGCUGUAGCAGCCCAAGAUUGGGAAAGGAAACACCUAGACCCCUACUGCUUCACAGCGCAGGUCUGGGGUUUGGAACUGCUCCUUCAUUUAUGCUGGAGAUGGGGUUGUGAGCGAAACUGACAAAAUCCGUGUCAAUCAGGAAUAGCCAUGGAAGCCAGAAGAUUGCACUUCCAGAGACAAAGGCAAGUCCUGUUUGUCUUUCUGUUUUGGGAAGUGUCCUUGGCAGAUUCUGGGUUUGGACGUUAUUCUGUGACAGAGGAAACAGAGAGGGGAACGUUUGUGGUCAACCUGGCAAAGGAUCUGGGGCUAGGGCAGGGAGAGCUGUCUGCAAGGGGAGCCCGGUUAGUCUCUGAUGCUAAUAAACAGCAAUUGCUACUGGAUUCUCAUACUGGGGAUUUGCUCACAAAUGAUAAACUGGACAGGGAGACUCUGUGUGGCCCCACCGAGCCCUGUAUGCUGUAUUUCCAAAUAUUAAUGGAUAACCCUUUUCAGAUUUAUCGUGCUGAGCUGAGGGUCAGGGAUAUAAAUGACCAUUCACCAGUGUUUCGGGAGAAAGAUAUAGUCUUAAAAAUAUUAGAAAAUACAGCCGAAGGGACAUCACUUCCACUAGAAAGAGCACAUGAUUCUGAUGUAGGACUUAACGGUAUCCAAAAGUACAUCAUCCACCCCAACUCUUUUUUCCAUAUUAAAAUUAGUGACAGUGAUGAAGGCAUUAUAUACCCAGAGCUAGUGUUGGACAAAGCGCUGGAUAGGGAGAAGCAGCGCGAGCACAGUUUAACACUCACGGCGCUGGAUGGCGGCUCUCCGCCCAGAUCUGGGGCCGCUGCUAUACACAUUGUGGUCAUGGACAUCAAUGACAACGCCCCGCAGUUUGCGGAGGCAUUCUAUAAGGCCCAGGUUCCAGAGGACAGCUCCAUAGGGUGUUUCAUUGUUAAAGUCUCGGCAGUGGAUGUAGACUCGGGAGUAAAUGCUCACGCCUCUGAAGAUAUCCAAACAACUUUUCAAAUCAAUCCUUUCUCUGGGGAAAUUGUUCUUACAGCGUUGCUUGAUUAUGAGGUAAUAAAGUCUUACAAAAUAAAUAUACAAGCAAUGGAUGGAGGGGGCCUUUCUGCAAGAUGUACGGUUUUUGUCGAAGUAUUGGACACGAACGACAACUCCCCUGAACUGAUAAUGUCAUCAGUUUCCAGCUACAUUGCCGAGAACUCCCCAGAGACAGUACUGGCUGUUUUUAGGAUUAGAGACAAUGACUCAGAAGAAAAUGGAAAAAUGGUUUGCUAUAUUCAAGAUGAUCUGCCAUUCCUUCUGAAACCCUCUGUGGAGAAUUUUUAUAUCCUAAUGACAGAGGGAGCGCUGGACAGAGAGAGCAGGGACGAAUACAAUGUCACCAUCACCGUCACUGACUUGGGUACCCCCAGACUGAAAACGGAGCACAGCAUAACCGUGCUGGUCUCCGACGUCAACGACAACGCGCCAAACUUCACCCAAACCUCCUACACCCUGUUCGUCCGCGAAAACAACAGCCCCGCCCUGCACAUCGGCAGCGUCAGCACCACUGACAGAGACUCGGGCACCAACGCCCAAGUCACCUACUCGCUGCUGCCGCCCAAGGAUGCGCACCGCCCCCUCGCCUCCUUGGUCUCCAUCAACGCCGACAACGGGCACCUGUUCGCGCUCAGGGCCCUGGAUUACGAGGCCCUGCAAGCGUUCGAGUUCCGCGUGGGCGCGGCCGACGCGGGCUCCCCGGCUCUGAGCAGCGAGGCGCUGGUGCGCGUGGUGGUCGUGGACGACAACGACAACUCGCCCUUCGUGCUGUACCCGCUGCAGAACGGCUCUGCGCCCUGCACAGAGCUGGUGCCCAGGGCGGCCGAGGCGGGCUACCUGGUGACCAAGGUGGUGGCGGUGGACGGCGACUCGGGCCAGAACGCCUGGCUGUCCUACCAGCUGCUCAAGGCCACGGAGCCCGGGCUGUUCGGCGUGUGGGCGCACAACGGCGAGGUGCGCACCGCCAGGCUGCUGAGCGACCGCGACGCGCCCAAGCACAGGCUCGUCGUGCUGGUCAAGGACAACGGCGAGCCGCCGCUCUCGGCCAGCGUCACGCUGCACGUGCUGCUGGUGGACGGCUUCUCCCAGCCCUACCUGCCGCUCCCGGAGGCGGCCCCGGACGAGGCCCAGGCCGACUCGCUCACCGUCUACUUGGUCAUUGCCUUGGCCUCGGUCUCGUCGCUCUUCCUGUUCUCGGUGCUGCUGUUCAUCGCGGUGCGGCUGUGCGGGAGGCGCAGGGCGGCCUCGAUGCCUGAGGGCCACUUUCCGGGCCACUUGGUAGACGUGAGUGGCACCGGGACCCUGUCCCAGAGCUACCAGUAUGAGGUGUGUCUGACGGGAGACUCUAGGACCAGCGAGUUCAAGUUCCUGAAGCCGAUUAUCCCGGAUAUCCAAGCACAGGGUGCUGGGAGGAAUAAUGAAUAAAUUCCCAUAUUUUGAAAUAGCUUUGGAUUUAAUAUUCAGUAAUAAUUCCGUUCAUAUUUUCAUGUACUUUUUGUGUAUGGUAUUCAUACUGAUAUCAAUUUAGUUUUAAAUCUCAAAGUUAAAUAAUUAUGCAACUUCAAACAUAAUUUUGAAAUAGUAUAUACC